GACAGUGCAGGCGUGGUGCGUGUGGAGGGAGCCCGGACAGCCUCCUACUGCACCCUCUUGGACAAACGUGGUGACUGCCUGUUCGGCGUGGGUGAUAUGGACGUACACCGUCACAUCUCUCCGCAAUUGGUUCUGGAAAACGAGGAGCACAUCGCACACGCUCCUGUCGUCGUGCUCGACGGCAACGUUCCCGUCGAGACAAUCAGCUGUGUCCUACGGCUUUGCGGUCAGCGACGCAUACCGGUAUUCUUCGAGCCCACUGACGUGCGCAAGGCAGUGAAGCCGUUUCUGUCGGACGCUUGGCGCCACCUAUCCAUCAUUUCACCAAACCUUGCAGAGUUGAGAGUCAUGUACGCCGCCUUGGUUAGCGUGUUGGAAGCCAAUGAGACCACAGAUGAACCUGCUGCCCCAAUAGUGGCUACUGACCCCGUGAAAGAAGGUGCAUUGCUGGGAAGCCGUCUUGCCCUUCACAUUCCUAUGGUGCUUGUCACAUUGGGAGUUCACGGUGCGCUGCUGGUUGAGAGGUUACCUUCGGAGACAACGAAGGAAGUGAAGGGAGGCCAGGAACUCGUGAAAGUACGUCACUACCCAACAUCAAAGCUCGACAGUGUGCAAAGUGUUUCUGGAGCAGGAGACUGCCUUGCUGGAGGAUUUUUGUGUGGCCUGCUGCGCCACCUUGCCUGGGACCAGUGCAUGGGAAUCGGGAUGGCAGCUGCACGUAGGUCUCUGAUGUCCUCGGAUACGGUUCCCGACAUGGUGGGCGAGGACUGCCUUGAUGCUGUCUCCACGCCACGCACAGUGGACCUCCAGUGAACCCGGCUUGGGAAAUGAAACACGUUUAUCGCGUUUUGAUGCAUUUAUGUGUUUAUUUCUCGCGCUAGGUCUUCUACGAAAACGCUCCAUUAUUUGAGAACGUUGAUGUUUUGUGUGAAUUUAGAUUGUUUUAAGUUUCGUAUUUUGUGCAAUGAAGUCAUUCAUGUCACUGCGUUGUUUUUUCCAGUUGUUUAUGUUCUCACAAUUACGAAGAGAACCAUUGUCCAAAGAGACCAGUCAUUCCUACCGUAUGAA